AUGCAUAUCCACAAGCUACGCAAGAAGGCAAAAAAGAAGAAGGAGGGUAAGUACCUCACCAAGAGAAGCAUAUUGAAGAAGCUAUACCUGAAGGAAGAGGAGUUCCAGAAACUAUGCAUCUUCAAAGGAAUAUACCCCAAAGAUUUUAAGGAAAUCCCAUUAAAAUUACGAAGCAAGUUUUACAAACAAAAGGUAUACUACUCAAAGAAUGACUUCCACAAAUUGUCCCAUGAAAAGAUUAUCCAAGAUUUCCGAAAAAUCACAACAUGGGUGAAGAAGUAUAAAAAAUAUAAAGUGGGAUUGGAGGAUGAAGAAAAAUGUAAGAACUUAAUAAAGAACUUCCCCCAAUAUACAUUAGACCAUAUCAUUAAGGAGAGGUUCCCCGUUUUUUCCUAUGCAAUAGAAGAACUGGACGAUGCUCUAAGUGCAGUAGUUGCCUAUUCGUUACUUCCUUCAAAUGAGAAGAUUGGCAUUUUAAACCGCUUCGUUACUAACUGUGAAGUGAUAAAGAAUCACUUCCAUUACUACGUUUACAAAACGAACAGAAUUAAGAAAGGGUUCAUCACUGUGAAGGGAUAUUACCUACAGGCCGAAAUUUUGCAGAAGAAAGUUACCUGGCUUAUCCCUCAUACAUUUACCCCUUACUUAGACAAGACGAUUGACUUCUCCAUCAUCACCACGUUUAUUGAGUACUACAUUUCGCUGCUAAAAUUUGUCCUCUACAAACUUUACAAAAUGCACAAUAUGACCUACCCUCCCGAGCAGAGCGAACUGCUGAAAGGUGAAAAACUCAGGCAUCUCUCAUACGAUGAGUGUCUGAUUUCUCUCUGCAAGGAGAUGUUCGGGAGUCAGAAAGGCCAACUGGGGGAAUCCAACCAGGGGGAGGAAAACUCGCUUACACUGGAUAGUGUCCCCCAAGUAGGGGAACAAGGCCAAAGUGAGAACCACCACGAGGGAGUGAAACCCCGCAGUCUCCCCUCAAACCAGCGCGAAGAAGAAGAAAUAAAACACGACAUAGACGAACAAAAUGACACCCUCAAGGAGUUAUUCAAAAAUCAAGUAUAUUAUAUCCACACAGAGAUGCCCCUCGACAUACUCUCUAUCAUUAUCCUCUCCUGUGGAGGUUCCAUAGGAUGGAAUUCCCCCUACUCUCCUUAUGAGUUGGGAGAUCAGAGAAUCACGCACGAAAUUUUAGAACCCUAUGGCCAAGGCAAACAAAUGGGGCAGCAAAAAAUGGAGAAGAUGUAUGUGCAACCUCAAUACAUAUUCGACUGCCUGAACAGAAAAAAAAUCCUCCCAUGUAGUGACUACUCCGUCGAUGUGAAAAAUUUACCCGUGCAUCUUUCUCCAUUCAUUGAGGAUGACAAUUUUAAAAACUUCGUAAAAAAGGAGGAAUACGCGAUUAACAAGCUGCUGAAUGAAGAGGCAGAGAAAAAUGGCCAGAACAGUGACGCAGAGGAGACAACAAACUGUGAACAUGGUCAGGCUAAUAAAGACGAUGAAUUGCUCAAAUCAGACGAUGAGAUAAGUAAGGAAAAACUGAUACUACUUAGAAAUGCAUGCUUAAAUAACCAGAUGGAGUUGGAAGAUGAAGACAAUUACGUUCCGGUGGGGGAGACCUCCAUGGAGGCUGCGCAGAAAGCCAAAGAAAUGCAGUCAGCCCAAACGAGGGAAAAUAUACAGAGACAUAAAAUCGCCCUCAGUAAAAAGAAGCGAAAGUUGUACACAAGAAUUGAAAGAGCUGAAAGGAAACAAAAAAUGACCCUUGACAAGUUUAUUAAUAAAGCCAGGGGGAAGAAUCUACAUGGGGGCGCAAAAAAAAAAAAAAAAUUGACGCGGGGCAGGGAUGAGGGGUCUACAAAAUGA